AUGUCCGACUCGGAUGUUCUUCAGUCAGCGGUGCGCGUCCCUACGCCUCCCCCAGGCGUGUCGGACUCACAGGCGGCAGCCUCUCGGAAACGCUCACCUCCGUCUCGUUCCCCCUCCCCAAACCGCCGUCGCUCGCCUCCUGGUGACUCCGGCCGCAAUGGACCCAACGCUAUCAAUGGUGACACGGAACGUGCCGAUGACAGGGAGCGACAACUCGCCGAGCGCGUUCGCGAACAUGAAAAGCGCGAAGCGGCGCGCAAGCCGAUGACCGAGGAACAAAAGCAGGCCUCCGCGAAGGCCGAAUACGAAAAGCUGCUCAACAUGCGAUCGGGUGGUACCUAUAUUCCCCCAGCCCGACUCCGUGCCUUGCAAGCACAAAUCACGGACAAAACGAGUAAGGAAUAUCAGCGCAUGGCAUGGGAAGCCUUGAAAAAAUCGAUCAACGGUCUUAUCAACAAGGUCAACGUCUCCAACAUCAAGUUCAUCGUGCCGGAACUCUUUGGUGAGAAUUUGGUGAGGGGUCGGGGGUUAUUCUGUCGGUCAAUCAUGAAGGCGCAAGCGGCUAGUCUGCCAUUUACGCCCAUUUACGCGACCAUGGCAGCGAUCGUGAACACCAAGCUUCCCCAAGUCGGUGAUUUAUUGCUCUCUAGAUUGAUUAUCCAAUUCCGCAAGGCGUUCAAGCGAAAUGACAAGGCAGUCUGCAUCUCGUCUACAACAUUCAUCGCGCAUCUCUGUAACCAGCAAGUUGCCCAUGAGAUGCUGGCAGCCCAGGUGCUAUUGCUUCUCCUUCACAAGCCAACGGAUGACAGCGUGGAAAUUGCUGUGGGACUCACUCGAGAAGUUGGCCAGCAUCUGGAGGAAAUGAACGCCCCGAUCGCUCUCGCCGUGUUCGACCAAUUCCGCAACAUCCUGCAUGAGGCCGAUAUUGACAAGCGUGUGCAAUACAUGAUUGAGGUGCUUUUCCAAGUGCGCAAAGACCGUUACAAGAACAAUCCAGCUAUCAAAGAGGAAUUGGAUCUCGUGGAAGAUGAAGAUCAGAUCACCCAUCGUGCUGGCCUGGAUGAUGACCUUGAGACUCAAGAUAUGCUCAACAUCUUCAAGUACGAUCCAGAAUGGGAGGAGCACGAGGAGGCUUACAAGAAAUUGAAAGCCGAGAUCUUGGGCGAAGACAGCGAUGAAGACGACGAAGACGGCUCGGAUGAAAGCGAAGAGGAAGAAUCCGAUGCCGAGGAAGUACAGAUGGAUAUCAAGGAUCAGAGUAAUACUGAUCUGGUUAAUCUCCGACGAACGAUCUAUCUCACAAUCAUGUCCAGCAUUGAUUUCGAGGAAUGUUGCCACAAACUGAUGAAGAUCAACCUGCCGGCCGGGUUGGAGCAUGAACUUCCGUCCAUGAUUAUCGAAUGUUGCUCCCAAGAACGCACAUACUCCAAGUUCUACGGUUUGAUUGGAGAACGAUUCGCCAAAAUCAACCGUCUUUGGUCAGACCUCUUUGAGGCCGCGUUUGCCAAAUAUUACGAAACAAUUCAUCGCUAUGAGACAAACAAACUCCGCAACAUCGCCCAAUUCUUUGGUCACUUGAUCAGCAACGAUGCCAUUGGCUGGCACGUAUUGUCUGUCAUCCAUCUCAACGAAGAAGAGACCACAUCCAGCAGCCGUAUCUUCAUCAAGAUUCUCUUCCAGAACCUUGCAGAGAACCUAGGUCUGCCUGGCCUACAAACUCGCUUCAGAGAUGACAUUCUCCGUCCAAGCUUCGAGGGUCUCUUCCCCACAGAGAACCCUCGGCACACCCGAUUCUCUGUCAACUACUUCACUAGCAUUGGCAUGGGUGUGUUGACAGAAGACAUGCGUGAACAACUCAAAAACGCCCCUCGCCCUGCAGUCCCAGCACUCCCCGAGCGUGCUUCUCGGAGUCUAUCGCGUACCCCAUCCGAUCGCUCACGUUCACGCUCCAUGUGCUCAACGUGCACCGGAUCUCCACACUCCCGCCGCUCCCGGUCUCCUUCAUACUCCCGCUCGCCCUCCAGGGGUCGCAGCCGCUCCUACUCUCGCUCACUUACACCUUCUUCCCGAAGCCGGAGCCGAAGUUACACACCCUCUCGAUCUCGCACUCCGGUUCGCCGUCGCCGUGAUGCAUCUGACAGCCGCUCCCGCACUCCAGCAAGGCGGUCCCGGUCUCGGUCCCGGUCCCGGUCGAUUUCUCGUACCCCACCCAAGCGCCGCGCUCGUUCCCGCUCCUACGACUCUCGAAGCCCAAGUCGUAGCCGCAGUCCGUAUCGCCGCUCGGUUUCUCGGUCUGUCACGCCCCCGCGCCGUGGCCAAAGCCCGCGGAGGAACCGUAGCUACACCAGGUCUAUCUCAAGAUCCGUCUCACCUCCUCCUCGACGCAGACGCGAUGAUUCAUACUCUCGCUCUCCUCCCCCCAAGCGGCGGGGUGAAUCACGGGGUCGAAGCUUCUCGCGAACCCCGCCUCCUCGUAGAUAA